AUGUUCUCUAAUAAUUUUACAGUUACAUGUUGUAGUUCUACAUCCACGUCCACGUCUGAAAAUUCAACUACAAAUACAGACCAAGACAAUCAAAUAUAUUUAUCUAAAUCAGAAUCUCCAAUAUUAAGUGUUUUGGAAUUUAAUGAGUUGAGUAAAAAUACAACAAGUGAAUUACAUAAUAAAAAUCAAUCUCAAUUUCUGUCUGAAUCUGAAGAAAGUAUGCUAGAAACUCAUCGUGAUCCAGCAAAUCCAUUAAAUUCUGCAUAUAGCUUAUUACUUAGUGGUUUUGAACCCUAUCAACCAAACGACUGUGAUUUUCCAAAAAUUAACGGUCGACAAUUUAUGAAACAGUGGUAUACCACUAAUAAAUGGUUAGAAUAUAGUCCAACUAGCAAUUCUGCUUAUUGUUUUUACUGUAGAGCAUUUCCGUCUUCGAAUAACGAAGCUGCUUUUGUUUCAAAUGGUUUCAAAUCUUGGUAUAAAGCAACAACAUCAUUUAUUUCUCAUGAAAAAAGUAUAAACCAUAUGGAAGCUGUUGCCAAAGUUUCUGGGUUAAAAACAGGCCAAUCUGUUGGUGAUGUAGCCUCCAAAAUCAAUAGCCAUCAUAAAACCACUGUUACAAAAAAUAGGAACUAUUUGAAAUGUAUAAUAGAUUCACUUUUGUACUGUGCACGACAAGGAAUAUCCAUUCGUGGUCACGACGAAACUGAUGAAUCUAAAAACAAAGGAAACUUUAUUGAACUACUUCAUCUUCGAGCCAAAGAUAACAAAUUACUAGAAGAUUCUAUUGUUGGUAGCCAAAUUAGUUAUCGAUAUGUAAGCGGUACUCAUUCUAAUGAAUUUUUAUCUCUAUGGCAAAACAAGUUCUAA